GGCGCGGGGGAGGCGGGGCCGGGGGGGCCGCACACGGGGACGGACCGGGCGGGACCAUCGCGGCGGCGGAGGCGGGGGGGAGCCACGUCCGCGGGGCCGGGCCGGGUACCGGGGCCGGGGCCACCGAGCGAGUGGCUCCGCCAUGGCUGCAUCCGACGAGCUCCGCUUCCCUGAGUUCGAGGAGGCCGCGGAGCUGCUGGCAGCCGCCCCCGGCGCCACGACGGCCAGCGCAAGCGAGCGGCCGAGCCACACGGCCCUGGACGUGGGGCCCGGCUACGAGGAGGCCGAGCCGGGCGAGGACGCCGACAACGCCGAGCUCCUUGGCGGGCAGAAGCAGAAGCAGCCGCGCAGCUUCUGGACCUUCGAGUACUACCAGGCCUUCUUCGACGUCGACACCCACCAGGUGCUGGACAGGAUCAAGGGCUCCGUGACGCCACUGCCGGGGAGGAACUUUGUGCGGCACCACCUGCGGAAUAACCCCGACCUCUACGGGCCCUUCUGGAUCUGCGCCACCCUCGUCUUCGCCCUGGCCAUCAGCGGCAACUUGUCCCACCUGCCGGAGAAGCGGGCGUCCCCCUCCUUCCACUACAGCCCCCAGUUCCACAAAGUCACCAUCGCGGCCACCGUGGUCUACUGCUACGCGUGGCUGGUGCCGCUGGCGCUCUGGGGGUACCUGCGGUGGCGGCAGGGCUCCGGGGCGCGCGCCGGCACCUACAGCUUCCUGGAGACGGUCUGCGUCUACGGCUACUCGCUCUUCGCCUACAUCCCCGCGGCGGUGCUGUGGCUGAUCCCGGCCGCCUGGCUGCAGUGGCUGCUGCUGGCCGUGGCCGCGCUGCUCUCGGCCUCGGUGCUGGCGCUCACCUUCUGGCCGCUGGUGCGGGCCGACGGCCGGGCGGCCGCCCUGGCCCUGCUGGCUGCCGUCGUCGCCCUGCACGCCCUCCUCGCCGUCUGCUGCAAGCUCUAUUUUUUCCAGCGGCCGCCAAGCGCCGGCCCGGCCCCCUCGCCGCUCCACGCCACGCUGGGGACCGAGCCCCACCGCAGCCGCGCGCCCCAGCACUUCGCCAACCUCUCCCAGGCGGCCAGCUCGCGGCAGUGACGCGGCUCCGGCCCCCGUGCGAGGACGUGGACGUUUCCUCCCCGAGUGCCGGCACCGCCGGCUCUGCCUUCCCGGCGGAUCUCCUCCAAACGCUGCGCCGGGCCGGGACAGCACCGUCCCCAACUCUUCUCUAUGCAAACAGUGACCGAAAUAAAGCCGGGGCUGUCCCCGC